UGGAUGCAAAGGGGAAGGCAGGCUGGGGAGGGGGAAAGGGGUUAAGGAGGACAAAGGCAAGCCCAUGCAGAGGAUAAGGGGAAACCUAGGCUAAUUCAGGAGGAGAGGUCCUAACCUGAUCCUAAUCCAGCAGCAAAUAGCCCCGGGAGAAGACUGGGAAACAGCAGGGAAGGACAUUUCAGCUAAAAGGGAAAAGGUCGUUGAUGGUUCUGUUGAAAGAAACAUCGCAAAGAAAAAAGCUUGACUGAAAGCCUGAAAGUAAAAGAAGCUUUGCGAUCACCUUGUGUGGGAAAAAUAAUACAUUUUGGCUCAGCAGAGAGAAAAGUCCACCAAAGUCCACCAAGCCAAUAGGUACAGGCCAGGCCAUACCAAGGAGAAGUUGGUAGCUGUGCCGGCCUCUCUCUUUUCAACAUGGCGUCCGUGAAAGAGGUAUCCAGCUUCACUGAGGACCUGCUGUGCCCCAUCUGCCUCUCCAUCUUCCGAGACCCGCACAUGCUGGAGUGCGGCCACAGCUUCUGCGCCCCGUGCUUGGAGCCCUGCAUCCCCAAGGGCCAGAGGCGCGGGCUGUGCCCCGAGUGCCGGCGGCCAUUUGCUUUGCGCCGCAUGGCCAUCAACCGAGCCCUCUGCAGCCUGGCCGAGAAGGCCCGCCUUCUCAAGCUGGACGAAGGUCCCCAGGUCGGCGGGACCGGAGGCUGGUACUUCUGCGAGGAGCACGAGGAGCCGCUCAAGCUCUUCUGCAGCCAGGACGAGGGGCCCGUCUGCGUGAUCUGCCGCGACUUGCCUCAGCAUCGUGGGCACGACUUCCUGCCCAUCAAAAACGCGGUUCAGGCCUAUCAGGACCAGCUGAAGGCAUCUCUAGAGCCUCUGGAGGAAGGUCUCAGGCGGUUGAAGAUGAGCCAGUGUCGCCAGCAGGAGAACAUUAUAGAAUUGAAGACCUGCUCCGAGUCCUUGUCUGACCACGUCUCUGGGGAAUUCGUGAAGAUGCACCAGCUGCUGAGCGACAGAGAGCUGGGUUUAAAGGAGGCCCUGGAAAAUCAGCGAGAGAAGAACUUGGCUCAGAUGGAAACCAAGCUGAAGGAACUGAACUGGAAGGUGGCCUCUUGGUCGGAGACCCUCUGCCGGGUGCGGGCAGGACUGGAAUGCAAGGACCAAAUCAGUUUCCUCAAGGAGGCAAAAGAGUUGCUGGAGAGGGUCCGCACAGAGCAAGGAGCCCAGGUUGACGAGGAAGAGGAAAUCGAAGCUGAGGCAGUGGAAGACGUUUUGGGAGCCAGCAGUGAAGACACAGACGAGUGUGAGAAUGAGACUGAUGAAGGGCUGGCGAGAGAUGAGGGGGAUGCAGAUGAGGAAGAGGAGGAGGAGGAGGAAGAGGAGGAGGAGGAAGAAGAGGAGGAGGAGGAAGAGGAGGAAGAAGAAGAUCGAGUGCGAGAGAUGGCCGCAGAGGAAGACGAUGAAGAUGGAGUGGUUCCUGUGGACUUGAAUCUGGGCGAGUUCAAGGGCCCUCUGCAGUUCUACGCCUGGAAAGAGCUCUUGGGUGCCGUGCAUCCAGUCCCUGCGUGCAUCACUUUGGACUGCAAUUCUGCUCACCCCAGCCUGGUCCUUGUGGAGGAAGCCACCGGGGUCAAGUUCAGCCCGGGGCGACGCUUCUGGCGAAGGAAACCUGAGCGCUUCACCUCUAGCCCUUGUGUCGUGGGCCGGAAGGGCUUCACCACAGGCCGGUACUACUGGGAGGUGCGUGUCGGGGACAGCGCGGGCUGGGUGAUUGGGGCGGCCAAGAAGUCGGUGAAACGCAAGAAGCGCCUGAACUUCCAGCCCAAGGAAGGCGUGUGGGCCAUUGAGCUGCGGGCCGGGGAGUACCGAGCCCUGAGCGAGCCGCGGACCCUGCUCUCGGUCUGCGGGAGGAUGGAUAAGGUGGGGGUCUACCUGGACUUUGAAGGGGGCCAGCUCUCCUUCUACAACAGCAGCAGCAUGAACCACCUCUACACGUUCCAAGUAUCCUUCCACGAAGAGCUGCUUCCUUUCCUCAGCACCCAGGGCAGCCACCCGCUCUCUGUGUGGGACCUGGAGCUCUGAGUUGCUGAAGAGCUUCCAGAGAUGGGUGGGAUCCCAUCGCAGAACCACCAAACUCAGUCUG